UAUAUAUAUAUUUGUAAUAAAAUAAUUUAUGCCUUUCAUUAAAAAGUAGUAGAUAAAUUAUAUUGGUCUCGAAAUAUGCAUAUAGCAAUUAUGUUAUUCUUGUUUUUGUUCAAAUUCUUCGGUCUUGCCACAUUUUCUUUAAAUCGAAGAAAUUCGAAGAUAUCAUCUUCAAAAAACGUUGUACUUUUUGUUGGCUCUAAACUGGGAAUAUUGUACAACUUAUUUGGCAGCUUUCUAAUAAUUGCAUCAAAUUUCUUCUUAAUGCCACUUAUAUUUUAUGCAGAAUAUGCUUUUAGAACAAAUAUGACAAUAAUAUUAGAAACUUUCCAAGCAUUAUUAGGCAGUUCAGUUAUAAUUUUGACUUUAUUGUCUUAUUGUAUAUUUCAAUCAGUUAUCACAAAGAUUGGAAAUUAUUUGAUUCGUAUUGAGAUUAUAUUACAUCGUCUGCAACAACCACUGAAUCAAAAAUAUAUUUUCAAUGUUCUAUUCUUCGUUUGUUUAUUUCAAUUGGUUAUAUUUGUCGUUCUUUUAAUUACUGAAAUCAUAUAUUUCAAACCUGAACCAAUUACAUUAUUAGGAAAUCUCAUACCUACGACUUUCACAAGCUUGCUCUUCGUUCAAUAUUUUUUUGUGAUUACUUUAAUAAAUGAAAUUUUUGUAAAAUUAAAUUGUAUUAUACAAAAUUUUUAUCAAAAUAGAUCGGAUGAUUUCAAUUCUAACAUAUUGUAUCAGAAUCGACGUAUAUUCAUGAAUUAUUCAAGAAUUCAUCUUCUUCUUCAAAUUCGAAAUAUACAUGAUCAUCUUUGCAACAUCUCUAGAGAAAUUUCACAAUUUUAUGCUUUUCCUACUCUUAUUGGACUCUGUUUUAUUUUUUUUACAUCAUUAUAUAUCAUUUAUUUCUUUUUGGUAGUUUUUCUUAAGAAUAUGAAUGUGGAUCUUAUGCUCACUAUAAAUGGUAUACUUUGGAUAAUAUUGUUGUUAUUUCCUUUCGGUUUAUUAACUUCGAAAAUAACUAAAAUCGUAAACGAGAUUGAAAAAACUGGAUGUAUUGUACACAUAUUAUUAAAUUGCGUGAUCGAUCAAAAAGUAAAAAAAGAGCUCAAACAAUUUUCAUUUCAACUGUUACAUCAAAAAAUAAUAUUUUCAACGAAUGGAUACUUUACAUUAGAUAAUGAGUUCUUUCAAUCGAUGAUCAGUACAAUAAUUACAUAUUUAGUGAUUUUGCUUCAAUUUCAAACAUAG